GAAAACUGCUCAUAAUGUCAGUAUCCAUUAACUCCACUACACAUCCAUGUUAAGGCUCACUGCUGAUAUGAAACUAAUAUUCCCUUGUGUGCGUGCAUGCAUACUAGCCUCGGAAAGUUAGUGGUGUUCGGUGCGACUGCACCUUGAACAACAUGGAAAUUGAAGGAGGUAAUUUCACACUGACUAAUGAGCUGAACAUUGGCAGUAGGCUGAUCUACAAAUGCCCUGAGGGCUAUUAUCCGCAUCCUGCUUUAACACGCCUGUGUCAACUCAAUAGCAAGUGGGAUCCUUUGCCGAAAACCUAUUUACGUCAGCAGUGCAAGCUGGUUGAAUGCCCUGAUCCCCACGUCCUGGAGCAAGGAACAGUCUUGCCUGCUCAGGAGAAGUACUAUGUGCACAAUAGGACAAGGUAUGAGUGCUAUUCUGGAAACAACCUGCGAGGCUCAUCAACUCGUGUCUGUAAACCGAAUGGGAAGUGGAGUGGUAAAACGCCUAUAUGCAGCCGUGAUACGGGGGAUCAUUGCGCUGAUCCCGGUAUUCCAGCAGGAACGACAAGAUUAGGGAACGUAUUUGGCAUCGGUGACUCAGUGAAAUACGUCUGUCAAGAAAACUUGUUUUUGAUGGGCUCAGAAAAACGAGUGUGCCAAGAAGGCGGCCAGUGGACCGGGAUAGAGCCUUCGUGCUACUAUAAAUAUACGUAUGACACUCCACUGGAGGUCUCAGAGGCCUUUGGUGGCUCAAUCAGACAGACCCUCACAUCCUUAGAUUCUUCUGAGAACUCUCAAGAGGGAAGAACAAUUAGAAUUACAAACAAUGGGACACUUAACAUCUACAUUGCUAUGGACAUGUCUGAGAGCAUUACAGCUGAGGACUUUGAGAAAUCCAAACUUAUUGUUAAAAAACUUCUGACCAAGAUUUCCUCUUUUGCAGUUAGUCCAAAUUACGAAAUCAUCUUUUUCUCCUCUGAAGUAAAUGAGGUUGCCAACAUCAUGGAUUUCUUUGGCAACAAAAAAAAAUCACUUCAGUCAAUCAUAGAAGAGCUGGAUAAGUUUACUACAGAUGAGAGAAGUGGAACAAAUCUUGAUAGUGCAUUCUACACUAUCCUGGAACAAAUAGCUCUUAUAAAGCAGGAAACUGGAGAAAACUUUAAGGAUCACCAUCAUGUCCUCAUCUUUUUCACAGAUGGUGGUUACAACAUGGGGGGCCCACCCACAGAAAACCUUCAAAAGAUAAAGAACCUUGUAUACAUGAAUCCCGUUGGUGAAUUUCAGAUAUCACCAAGGGAUGAAUAUCUUGACGUUUACAUUUUUGCACUUGGAGCUGAACCCUAUGAUGAAACCCUCAAGCCCCUUGCAGUAGGGGCUGAUGGUGAACAUUACUUCAGAUUAGAAAAUCUUAACAAUUUGGAUUACACCUUCGACCAAAUAAUUGAUGAAGAAGAGGUUAAGGGUUUAUGUGGCCUUCACAGGGAAUAUAACCUUGAUGAAAGUUCUGACAGCAGACAGAAAAUGUUCCCAUGGCUGGCCAAUAUAUUCAUCAAGACUCGGAAAUGCCUCGGCUCUCUGGUGACUCCCAAGUUUAUUUUGACUGCCGCUCACUGCUUCGAGUUCGACGAUCAACUCAAAGACAUCAGUGUUCAGCUUGGUAUUUUGGAAAAUGGCGCAAGGGAAGUGAAAAAUAUCAUAUUACACAAAGACUACAAUGUUAAAGGUAGAGAAAAUCUUGGAGUGUCCGAAUUCUAUGACUAUGAUGUUGCUCUCAUUGAGCUGAAGGAUGCCAUCACGAUCUCCACCAACAUCAGACCCAUUUGCAUACCUUGUACAAAGGAGACUAGUGAAGCUCUGGGAUUUGUUGGCAGUAACACCUGCAAGCAACAAGAGCAGCGUUUGUUGCCACCCAAAAAUGAAGAGCUGAGUUUCCUUACUGCCUCAGCAUUGGAGAAACAUGUCAUUGCUAAGCUUGGAGAUACAAGAGAGAGCUGUAUCAGUCAUGCCCUGCAGGCAAAUGGCAUCACGACAACAAACCCAAAAGACGCCGUAACUGAUAACUUCAUUUGUACUGGUGGCCGGCAACCCGAAAUAGAUCACAUAGCAUGCACAGGAGAUUCUGGUGGCGCCGUGUUCAAGAACUAUCAGCAUCGCACAGUACAGGUUGCAUUGGUCAGCUGGGGAACCACGACUAUGUGCAGCAGCGGUGAAGUUGUUGAUUCAGUUGAAACAUCCAGAGAUUUCCACAUUAAUCUUUUCAGAGUUGUCCCUUUUCUCAAAUCCAUCCUUGGAAAUGACGAUCAGGAUGACUAUGCACCCCUUGAGUUUGUAGACUAAAUUCAUAUGAUGUGAUUGUAACCGUUUCAUUUGUUUGAAUUGUGUGUGUUUUGUGGCCUUACAUUUGCCGUACUGUUUCGCUGAGGGAUGCAUGGCUGAAUUGAUCAUUUUUCAUCCCCGAUGUUUGCUCAAAUGUUUCCCUUCUUGAAUGAACAAUGUAUGAUUAUGCACUGUUCUGCAUCAGGUUAUUCUUGCAGAAAAACUGAGUGCAAAAUGAUGUCCAGGUUACAGUUUAAUCAGCUAACCAUGUACUGUAGAUGUAACCCAUGUAUGGAAAACAAAACAAGGCAUGCCAGCCAUUUUAAUGGAUUAUGUCUACCUUUUGAUUCUUCAGCACUGCUAUACCAGGUCACUCACACACACUCACUCACACACACACACACACACACACACACACACACACACGCACGCACGCACAUGCGCGCGCGCACACACACUAGAAUAUUCUAAAGUGACUGCUCAUAUACAGCAUCCAAACGGCUUUAUAUUGGGACGGUAACUGGAUUGUGGGGCCUCUCGUUAGAACACCGUUGUCCUGCAGCCAUCUGUAUGCUGCAUGUCCUGCAAUGUCGGACCAAGGGAAUUUUCCUAAGAAUAACCACAGUACUGGAAAAGAUUUGUUGAUAUUCAUCGUUUGUGAACAUUGAAAUAAAGCACAACUUUAUCGCCUCAAAA